GAUUAAAUUUCGGCCAGAGAAUUUCUGCUUCCCGUUCGAAAAGCGCAUCCUUGUUUGUAUUCACCAAAAUAAGCGCUUAGUGAAGAAUUAUUAAAUACUUAUCAUGUUGUUGUUGCUAUAUUAAUGCUUCACUAAUUUGAUACCAAUAUCGCAUUAUUGAUAAUGCUACUGUUUUUUGGAAAGUCGAAACUAACAGGUGAUAAGAUCGGCUGCUUAAUUAUUUCAGAACCUUAGCCAAUACUACGUCAGGAUUGGCAGGAUUAUAUCUUCUAAUUGUUCUCAAAAGUUGGAGCUAAGAACAAGGCUUGGACUGCCUUUACAAAUGCCACUGUCCAAUGUGCCGCGUAUUACUGUUUCCUCCGCGAACCUGUCAUCUUCCUUCGCUCGACCUGAUGGGCAACUGUGUGGCCCGAGAUAUUCCUGAUCCCCAAACAGGCCUUACACCUAAUCACAUUAAUGCUGUUCGACAAAACUGGAAAUUGAUAGAAAAGCGGCUUCCAGAAUAUGGGCUCGAGCUGUUUGUUGCGUUUAUUACUAAACACCCCGAAUGGCUGCCGUUAUUCCCUUUUCUCAAACCAUCGGAUAUGGCACGACUCAGCCAGACACCGCGUCUUAAAGCUUUUGGGACGAUAGUUUUAAGAAAACUCGGUGAGCUCUUAAGUAUGCUGGAUAGCCCUCCAAAACUAAUAGGAGAGCUCUUGCGCCAAGGCGCGAAUCAUCGAUCCCGUGGUUUGGCCCCGGAAAACUUCCAAGCGCUCCAACAUGACCUCAACGAACUGUUUGUCAAAGUUUGCGGACCGGAAUUUGAUAUCGAAGCUUGGGAUGCCGUGCUCACCCUGAUUAUGACCGGUAUUGAAGAAGGACUCCGGCAAGCCAAGGACAAGGAUGCAAAAUACAUGUGAUAUGAUUAGGUCGUUGGCAAUUAUUCUGGAAUCGCAUGGGUACACACCACAACUGCAAAUAAUUAUGUUUCAGUUUUGCACUGUUAAGGUCACGGCUAGAAUGGUGCGUGAAGAUAUUUAUGGCAUUUACAUGACAAUAAAGGACAAAAAUUGGCUUUAAUUAC